CUGAGCCGCCAUUUUGUGUGAAUUCCUGACUGCGGCGGGGCCGGGCAUCCUGGGCACCUAGAGCAGGCAGACUGACAGUCGGCCUGUCUCCGCGGCCCGUUCCCUUUUCCCCUAAAAUCCCUUUUUUUUAACUCCUCUUGCUCGCUCUCCUCUUCUCCCCUUACCCUUCGCUUGCUCCAUUGCGCGCGGCCCGCGCUAAUUACACCCAACCACCCACCAGUGUCCGUGCCUCCCGUCCCCGGGCCCGCGGGGGUGUGUGUGGGGGCUCUCGCCCCGAUGAGGGCCCCGCGCCAGUGAGCGAGUGACCGCAGGGGCGGGUUGCAGAAACCAGGCGGCGAGCGGCCCGCCGAGGCCUAGGCCGCGCGGCCUACGCGGAGCUCCGCGCAGAGGAACUAUGGAGGCCGCGCCCGGGACACCCCCGCCGCCGCCAUCAGAGUCGCCGCCGCCGCCUUCACCACCGCCGCCAACAACGCCUUCGCCUCCUCCGUGUUCCCCCGACGCCCGCCCGGCCACCCCGCACCUCCUCCACCACUGCCUCCCGCUCCCUGACGACAGGGAAGAUGGUGAGUUGGAAGAAGGCGAACUGGAAGAUGAUGGGGCUGAGGAGACCCAGGACACCUCUGGAGGGCCUGAGAGAAGCCGGAAAGAAAAGGGGGAGAAACACCAUAGUGAUUCUGAUGAGGAGAAGUCUCACAGGAGACUGAAGCGAAAACGGAAGAAAGAGCGAGAGAAGGAGAAAAGGAGGUCGAAGAAGAGGAGAAAAUCCAAACACAAACGCCAUGCUUCCUCCAGUGAUGAGUUCUCUGACUUCUCAGAUGACUCAGAUUUCAGCCCCAGUGAGAAGGGGCACCGCAAGUAUAGAGAGUACAGCCCCCCGUAUGCACCGUCCCACCAGCAGUACCCUCCAUCGCACACCACUCCCCUGCCCAAGAAGGCCUACUCCAAGAUGGACAGCAAGGGCUAUGGCAUGUAUGAGGACUAUGAGAAUGAGCAGUAUGGGGAGUACGAGGGUGAUGAGGAGGAGGACAUGGGUAAAGAGGACUACGACGACUUCACCAAAGAGCUGAACCAGUACCGGCGUGCCAAGGAGGGGAGCAGCCGUGGCCGAGGUAGCCGAGGCCGUGGCCGAGGCUACAGGGGCCGUGGAAGCCGUGGAGGAUCAAGAGGCCGAGGCAUGGGCAGAGGCAGCCGAGGCAGGGGCAGGGGCUCUGUGGGAGGAGACCACCCAGAGGACGAAGAGGACUUCUACGAGGAGGAGAUGGAGUAUGGAGAAAGUGAGGAACCAAUGGGAGAUGAUGAUUAUGAUGAAUACUCCAAGGAGCUGAACCAGUACCGCCGGUCGAAGGACAGCCGAGGCCGAGGGUUAAGUCGAGGCCGUGGUAGGGGUUCCCGAGGCCGAGGGAAAGGGAUGGGCCGGGGCCGUGGUCGAGGUGGCAGCCGAGGAGGGAUGAACAAGGGUGGAAUGAACGACGACGAAGACUUCUAUGAUGAGGACAUGGGCGAUGGUGGUAGUGGAAGCUACCGAAGGAGUGACCAUGACAAGCCCCACCAGCAGUCUGACAAGAAAGGCAAAGUCAUCUGCAAAUACUUUGUGGAAGGGCGAUGCACAUGGGGAGACCACUGUAAUUUUAGCCAUGACAUUGAACUCCCAAAGAAGCGAGAACUGUGCAAGUUUUACAUCACUGGAUUUUGUGCCAGAGCUGAGAACUGCCCCUAUAUGCACGGUGAUUUUCCAUGUAAGUUGUACCACACAACUGGAAACUGCAUCAAUGGUGACGAUUGCAUGUUCUCCCAUGACCCUCUGACUGAAGAGACAAGAGAGCUCUUGGAUAAGAUGCUGGCUGAUGAUGCAGAAGCAGGUGCCGAGGAUGAGAAGGAGGUUGAGGAACUGAAGAAGCAGGGCAUCAACCCUCUACCCAAACCACCUCCCGGUGUGGGCCUCCUGCCCACCCCACCUCGGCCCCCUGGCCCCCAGGCCCCAACCUCUCCGAAUGGCAGGCCCAUGCAGGGUGGCCCCCCACCCCCACCUCCGCCCCCUCCUCCACCUCCAGGGCCCCCUCAGAUGCCCAUGCCAGUGCACGAGCCACUGUCCCCGCAACAGCUGCAGCAGCAGCAGGACAUGUACAACAAGAAGAUUCCCUCCUUGUUUGAGAUUGUGGUGCGGCACGGGCAGCUGGCUGAGAAGCUAGGUGUGAGGUUCCCUGGACCUGGUGGACCCCCAGGGCCAAUGGGUCCUGGGCCAAACAUGGGACCCCCAGGUCCAAUGGGCGGUCCAAUGCCUGACAUGCAUCCUGACAUGCACCCGGACAUGCACCCCGACAUGCACCCGGACAUGCACCCUGACAUGCCGAUGGGCCCUGGAAUGAACUCUGGCCCACCCAUGGGACCUGGUGGUCCCCCAAUGAUGCCCUAUGGUCCUGGAGACUCCCCACACUCUGGAAUGAUGCCCCCCAUUCCACCAGCCCAGAACUUCUGAAACUUCUACCAGCAGCAGGAGGGCAUGGAAAUGGAGCCAGGACUCCUGGGUGAAGCAGAGGACUACGGGCACUACGAAGAGCUACCAGGGGAGCCUGGGGAGCACCUCUUCCCCGAGCACCCUCUGGAGCCCGACAGCUUCUCUGAGGGAGGGCCCUCAGGCCGGCCGAAGCCGGGCUCCGGUGUCCCCGACUUCCUGCCCUCGGCCCAGAGGGCCCUGUACCUGAGGAUCCAGCAGAAGCAGCAGGAGGAGGAGGAGAGAGCGAGGAGGCUGGCUGAGAGCAGCAAGCAGGACCGAGAGAAUGAGGAAGGUGACACUGGAAACUGGUACUCCAGUGAUGAGGACGAGGGUGGGAGCAGCGUUACCUCCAUCCUUAAGACCCUGAGGCAGCAGACAUCUAGCCGACCCCAGGCUUCAAUCGGGGAGCUGAGCAGCAGUGGUCUGGGGGACCCCCGCCUCCAGAAGGGACAUACCACAGGAGGCCGGCUGGCUGACCCUCGUCUUAGCCGGGACCCCAGACUUACCCGCCAUGUUGAGGCUUCCAGCGGGUCAGGCCCAGGGGACUCAGGGCCUUCAGAUCCUCGUUUGGCUCGUGCCCUACCCACUGCCAAGCCUGAAGGCAGCCUUCAUUCCAGCCCCUCAGGCCCUGGCAGCUCCAAAGGGUCUGGGCCCCCUCCCACAGAAGAGGAGGAAGGAGAGCGAGCUUUGCGGGAGAAGGCUGUGAACAUUCCCCUGGACCCCCUCCCUGGGCAUCCUCUGCGGGACCCAAGAUCACAGCUGCAGCAGUUCAGCCACAUCAAGAAGGAUGUGACCCUGAGCAAGCCAAGCUUUGCCCGUACUGUGCUCUGGAACCCAGAGGAUCUGAUCCCCUUGCCCAUCCCCAAGCAGGAUGCAGCUCCCCCAGUGCCCGCCGCCCUGCAGUCCAUGCCUGCCCUGGACCCCAGGCUGCACCGUUCUACCACCACAGGGCCUCCCAAUGCCCGGCAGCGCCCAGGUACUUCCACGGACCCCAGCACAUCCAGCUCCAACCUCCCCGACUUUGAACUCCUCUCACGCAUCCUCAAGACUGUCAAUGCCACCGGCACCUUGGUGUCCCCUGGCUCAAGUGACAAGCCCAGUGACCCCCGAGUACGGAAGCCCCCCACUGACCCUCGGCUGCAGAAACCAGCAGACUCAGCCUCCUCCCGGGCUGCCAAGCCUGGCCCUACCGAAGUAAUCUCUCCAGCUGGUAGCCCCAGUGGGGAGUCCUCCCCGCCAGCCACGGCUCCCUAUGACCCACGUGUACUAGCAGCUGGGGGGCUGGGUCAGGGCAGUGGGAGUGGGCAGAGCAGCGUGCUGAGUGGUAUCAGCCUCUACGACCCAAGGACUCCCAACACAGGUGGCAAAGCCACAGAGCCUGCUGCUGACAUGGGGGCUCAGCCCAAGUGCCCCGAGGGCAAUGGCAAAAGCUCGGCAUCAAAGGCCAAGGAGCCCCCUUUUGUCCGCAAGUCUGCUCUGGAACAGCCAGAAACGGGAAAGGCUGGUGCUGAUGCGGGUGCAGCCACGGCCACAGACAGAUACAACAGUUAUAACCGGCCCCGGCCCAAGGCUGCUGCAACCCCUGCUGCCACCACGGUCACCCAACAACCAGAGGGUGCCCCACCCCAGCCUGGGGUACACAACCUGCCGGUGCCCACCCUCUUUGGGACUGUGAAGCAGGCACCCAAGACAGGAACAGGAAGCCCAUUUGCUGGUAAUAGCCCAGCCCGUGAUAGUGAGCAGGAUGCAGGGUCCCUGAAAGAUGUUUUUAAAGGCUUUGACCCCACUGCCUCCCCCUUUUGCCAGUAGUGUUAAGCCAGAGCCAGGAUCCCCUCCACUCCCCCUCUGAGGGUGAUAUUUAAGGGCAGCAGCUGGAGUUGGGCACUCCCCCCUCUGAGGGUGAUAUUUAAGGGCAGCAGCUGGAGUUGGGAACUUGGGGGACAGGGUAAAGUCUGGGUGUUCUUCCUUCCUUCCUUUUUUUUUUUUUUUUUUGUUUUGAGUAGUACUACUUUCUUUGAGACUUAUAAAUUGUAUAUAACCAUCUUCAGUUCUGGUCAGUGCUGCAGGGCUCCCAGGCUCCCGGAGAAAACCAACUUCUGCCCGUGAACAGUUCUGAGUGCUCUGGGCCUCAGCUCCAGAGGGCACUGCCUGGCCAGGCCUCCCUGAGGUUGGGGGCCCAUUGGGUUUUCUGGGCAAAGCUUGGCCCUUUCCUUCCAGGACAAAGGGAACAGUAAGCAUCUGAGAAGACACUGAACAUUACUCACCCCGCGCCCCUGAGCAAAGAGAUGUGGGACCCAGAUCACAGCAGGACCAGAGUGGAAGCAGGCCUGGGCAUUUAGAACCCCAGGUGCACUGCCCCUGUCGAUUCAGCACUGGAAGAGAUGGAGAAAGUGAAAAUGAAUCAGAGGAAAAAGUGUCCCCGGGGGGCCCUGGGAGCUCCCUGGCACUUCCCUGCUCUUGUUUCUCUGGAUUGGUACAUGAGUCCCUUUCUGCCACCCUCCAUCCAGAGUUCAUCCUGAAAACCAACACCCUCCACCCUGUGGCAGAUGCCAAGGUGAGAGGUGGACCUGGAGGCAGCAGGGGCCGGCGUGAGUUUGCAGCCCUCUGAGCAUGCAUUUUCUGUCAGUAUUAACCCGCCCGUCCUGUCAGGACCACAUCCUCCCCCCAUGUUGGGGUCUGCCCUGGUCCUCAGAAGCCACGGUGCCCAGUGUUUCCUCACUGUGGGCCCUCGCCCCUGGAGACAGCUCAAGGAUCCGAGGUGUAGCCACUCUUGCAGGCCUCUGACAGAGGGAGCCCUGGAGUGGCUCUUUAGCCAAGUGUUUGUUCCUUCUCUGCUUUUCUCACACCUCCUCAGCUGUGUUAUGUGCAGGACACAGGUAUUGGUGUGUUUGUUUUCCUCUCCCAGGCUGACACGCAGCUUCAGAGGCAUGUCACAAUGUUGGAUUUGCCAGAAAGAGGGCCUGAGAGGGUAGGAGUCUGCAGCCAGGGCAGGCGAUGGGGCACACUGGACCCUUUCCAAGAGAGAGACCAAGACCCCAUUGGAGGAAGGAGGGACGGAGGGCUGUGUCCUCCCCUCCUGCAGCUGAGCCGAGACAGUUGAAGUGUCUGCUUGGCAGCUUCUAUCUCCUCCCUUCCUGUGCUUUCCCACCCUGGCUGAGGUCCAGCCUCAUCCACAGAGCCCAGAGGAGGCCCACCCCGUGAACAUGACCUACGGGGACUGGCCUCAGGGGAACUGGGCAGAGCCUGUAGGUUCUGCCUCUGGGUCACUUUCAUGGCCCUAGGAAGUUUGUUUCCUUGUGGGUCCAUCUCCUGCCUGUCUCUCCUGGUCCUGUCGCCUGGCUGAAGACCUUGGUCUCUUUCUUGCUGACACUGAGGAGACCUGGUCACCAGCCCAAGGACUUCCCCUCUCACCUCUUUUCGGUGGGAGAUAAACAAGGCUACUAGACCACCCCACCCCCACCCCAUAAAGAGAAAAAAAUGAAAAACUCAAUUACUUUGGGGCCCAGAGAGCCCUGCGCUCAGUGCGUGAUCAGGUUGGUUGGUUUGUAUUUUUGUCUUUUUUGUUUUUCAUUUUUUGUUUUUUGUUUUUAAGCAAUCAUUAAUGAGAUUUGUCUUCAGCCACCAGUGUUGGCCUUGCAGCAGAGGGCUGCAGCCCUUGGUGUUUGUAAAAUAAGUAAGAAUACACAGUGUGACAGUGUUUGGGGUUUUUUUCUCCUUUUGAGAAUUUUCUUUUAUAAGAGAAAAAUUAAAUAUUUUUUAAAACCGAAAUCUGUGGAUGAAAUAGAAGCUGGAACCCUCCUCUUGGAACAUUCAGCCUAAGAACCUCAUGGGACUAUGAAUUCACCCGAAGUUUUCAUUUGCCAUCAGGCCGAGCUUUUAAAGAAAAUUUGUUCUCUAACCAGGAUUGUAACAAAAGUGUAAAUACUAUUUCAGAGUUGAAAGUUGAAGGUGCAAAUAUGUAUAUAACGUACUGUAUUUUUACAAUGAUUGCCGCAUGACUCUACUCCAUCCCCCUUUUUGUACUCCAUACCUGUCUUCCAGAAAUGUCACCUGCCUUUUCUCCUGUGGUCUCUUAAUCCAAUAAUUGUAUUACUGCCAUUAAAGGAUGCAGUUAUUUUAAAAA